AUGUUUGGAGACAACAGCAAUUUGAGCCUCAUCGAGAUCGCAGUCAGUGACCUUGCUUUUCGGGAUCUUGGGAACGCGUCCUAUUCUUCCAGGUACAUCCUGAUGCCACAAGAGGCAACUGAUUUUGAGAACAAGCGAACUGAGCUGAUGGCUGCAGCGGCGGCGCUGAUAUUAGACUGUUCUGACUUUGACCUCUAUUACGUGGAAGGGCAGCCCACGACAAACGAUUACGCCGCUUACUGGUACAACACAGCGCCUGGCCUUGGCUUUCCACAGACUUCGUCUUGUCACGACAUGAAAGAGUACUGCAACAGUGAAGAUGGUGAGCUGCUGCGCUUGACUUGUGGAGUCACGUGCGGGUGCGCUGAGCCAUCUACGAACCCGUGGUUCCGCGUGGUGGAGAGGGGAUGCUCCAAAAAAUGCAUUGACGAAAUGAAGGUCGUAAUCGACGAAAUAAACUGCACCGAUGUUCCAGUGGAGUCUACGCAGUGGCAGACAUUCUGGGAGGACUACCCCGCAAUAAUCUCCAGUUUCCUUGGAGAGCGGAACACGUCCAAAAUUGACGAGCUGCGAGUCUUCGCGAAUCACAUGUUAACUGAGGGCUGCUCAGCACUGGGCAACGCGAGCUAUGAAUACGAAGAGCUGACUCAGACGAGCUUCUGUGCAGGACAUUCCCAGAUCUGGGCGCCCUUGAGCAUCCUUUGCCCUUCCACCUGCUGUCAAGGCGAAGACAGUGAGUUUUGCCCUUCAAGCUGUCAAUGUCGGCCCGAAGGCCAAGACAACGACCAGGAUCUGCUGGACAAUAUGCCGGCGGGCAAUCCGGACUUCAACGGGAUUAUGAACUGCCGAAUGGCAGCGGCCAGCGACCUCUGCAC